AUGUCUAAUCAUAACCUGCCACCAGGGUUCAGGUUUCAUCCUACAGAUGAAGAGCUCAUCAUCCAUUAUCUGAAGAAGAAGGUUUCAUCUCCCACGAGUGAUCUACUCUCCAUUAUAGCCGAUAUUGAUCUUUACAAGUUCAAUCCAUGGGAACUCCCAGGGAAGGCUUCGUUUGGGGAGAAUGAGUGGUUUUUCUUCACCCCAAGAGAUCGAAAAUAUCCAAAUGGGGUUCGUCCAAACAGAGCAGCUGGAUCUGGUUACUGGAAAGCCACUGGAACUGAUAAAUCAAUCCUUGCAGCAGCUGGGUUACAGUGUCUUGGGGUGAAAAAGGCUCUAGUCUUUUACAACGGUCGGCCUCCCAGGGGCGUGAAAACUGAUUGGGUCAUGGAUGAAUACAGGCUUCUUAAUGACGUUCGACCUUUUCCAAGGCUCAGGGGAUCAAUGAGGCUGGAUGACUGGGUACUAUGUCGAGUUCGCCACAAGCUUAACAGCCCACAGCAAGUGGGAGAAAAGCAAGAAGGUAGAAAUUCCAGUUGCCUCCCUCCUCUGACUUUCCAGCCUUCCACCAAUGAAGAGUUCAGGAAAAGUACUGAAAAGCAUAGUGAUCAAAUUCAAGUGUAUUCAGUGGCUGACAAUGACAACGUAGAAGUAGAUGAACUAGCACUUCAAUACUUAAGCUUUCAGGGAGGGCCUUCUGGAACUCCAUUAAUUUCAGAUGAUGAUUCCCAUUCUUAUCCACGGAUGGUUUGCCAUAUCAGUGGUGGCAUUACAUCUCUCAAAAGAACUCUCGAUAGAUCUUCAGAGGACGAAUUCGCACUGCCCCCAAAUAAGAGACUGUACACAGCAACUACGGAUGUCACAGAUGACACAAACAUUUUUCAAAUCCCUUAUAUUCCCCAAUGCUUUUCGGAGCUCAUGUUCUAAGUUUUCCACAAUUCCACAGCUACAAUAUUGGAGCAUUUUUGCCACUCAAUACAGGAACUAAUGGCGUAGGAGAGCAAAAGGCUGAUUUACAUCCAUUUACUUGCUCCCAUUGUCAAGAUAUUGAAUAGUGUGUAAUUUUUUUCUUUAUAGAUUUACUUUGAAUCUAAUUUUUUUUUGUUAGAUACAGAAGAAAGCUGAU